UUUGACGGACUUAUUUUGUCGUAAAUAUCUUCGAUUAUCCGUUUUUAUAAUAGCUGCACACAUCUGAUAUCAGCAAUAUUGCAUCCGUGUAGUAAUACUUCAUGUAUAAUUGAAUACUAAAUGUUUUGUAUUGGUACUCUAUGAGUGUUAUGAUGACAUGAACUGACUCCUCAGAAGCUGCAGCCUCUUUCAACCGGACCUUUAAACCCAAUUAUACACUUUUAAAUGAGUCGUUGUAAAAUACAUGCUAUGUCACGAAUGUGUCAUAAAGGUGACCUGACAUGUCCUUACGUGUCCUUUAAAUUGAACUAAUCCUAACUUAUUUCUUACACUUUUAGGGAACAGAGGUUUGUUUCUGUACUGUAUAAAAGGCAUUUUUUGAAAAAUGCAUACAAAGCAAGUACAGCAAGUUGUGAAAAAACAAAACAAAAGUAGACAAGAAAAAAGUUACUCACUUAUAAUUGAGUAGCAACAUAUACUGUCAAUUUAUGUGUGGCUCAGCCAGAUUCCUGGCUGCAAGACAAUCUUCCUAACUGCAGCUUGCAAAGUGAUUUAAGCUAAUGAGAAAACCACAGUUAAAUGAUGUAAACAUACAGGAUUUUCCAAAGGCUAAGUUUAAAUUCUUUUUAAAUCCAGGUCUAAAAAAGAACUGUGCUUUACAGCAGAGAUGUCUUGUGAUGUCUUGAGACAUUAUUCCUCUUUUUGAUCUAAUCUGUAAUUCAUGAUGGUUUAUUUUUGGAUGUAUCUCUUUUGCAUUUUUUGCUUAGAACAUGAUUUGUACUCAUUGUUCCGUGAAUAUUAAUAAUUCAUUGCAGUGAAAGGCACAACACAUUUCAGACAUGGUAGUGUCUUCUCAAAUUCCUCCACAGCUCUAAAAUUAGGGCUCAUGCGUCUCUGUUAAGGGGCCUCUACUUAGAGUCUCAUGUGCUGACAUGGGGGCCGAGAGGCAACAAUCAUGUUUAGGGGCCCCUCCAUCUAAAUGAGACUCGAGCAAGGUCUGACCCACUUCUUUCAAGUUAUUUAAAACUGUGAAAAUUGGGCAAAUGUUUGCAUCAAAGAUAUCUACUGUACCAGCAAAGAUUAGGUCCUACCAGCACAAGGUCAUGAGUAGGGUCAAAUGAUAUACUACGCUGGAAUUGGUUGCUGGGCUAGAUAUAAUUUUCUGAUCUAUUACAGAGCAGUGCGUUGUAAUAGAUCUUCUUAAGUGGCACAUAUUCAUGUACAUAGUGAAGGAGACAAUGUUAAGUCUUAACAACAACCAUCAAAACAUAUGCAGUACAUAGUGUAUUAAAACCAUGUAAAGUUGAACAAUCGCUUAACCUUCAACCUUCAUCUUCAACAUUCUUUCCAUUUAAAGACAUGAAAUUGCACUGCAACACUGAGCUCUUCUCACAUCACUGCUCUGACAUGGUUUGAUAAAAUUGGAUGGAAAACUGUUGUUUUCUGUAGGAUUACCAGACCUUGUAAAAGAGGAAAGAAAGGUCAAGGUGGCAACAGGGAUUUGCUGUAUGUGGGUCAUGGAAAGUUGCACAAUUACUGGACAGGAACCCUGGCACCUAAUGUCCUUCUCUGUCCUCAGACAUUCCAGCCAUAGUGCUGUUCUCGUCACCCCACUAGAGUUGUAUGUCUUCAGUGGUUUGGUUGACGUAUACACGAGGCCAUGGCAGGUGUGGGCUAAUAAACACCUCUAUCUUUAAAGGUUGAUUGAGUUCAAGAAAGACCCGUCAGACCAUGAACUACGUGGGCCAGUUGGCGGGCCAGGUCUUUGUCCAGGUCAAAGAGUUGUAUCGAGGCCUCAAUCCCGCCACCCUCUCAGGCUGCAUUGACGUAAUUGUAGUCAGGCAGCCUGAUGGCUCCCUGCAAUGCUCGCCUUUUCAUGUUCGCUUCGGCAAGAUGGGCGUCCUCAGAUCCAGAGAGAAACUGGUGGACAUUAUGAUCAAUGGAGAAGCAGUGGCUCUGCACAUGAAGCUUGGAGACAAUGGAGAGGCAUUCUUUGUGAAGGAAACUGAAAAUGAUCAGGAAAUUGUUCCGUCCCACCUGGCCACCUCACCCAUCAUGUCCGACGGCGCUUCUCUCAUGAGCUCCUCCCUGAUGGGAAAGAGCUCUGGGCCCCCUGUGCAGACACUGGGUGCCACGGGAGUUAACGGAGAAACUACCAAUGGUAUCGUAAAGAAGAGGAGGAAGAGGAGAAGGAAGGUCUGGGCCGACAGCUUGAGAAGAGAGGAGAACGGGGACUACUCAGAAGACGAGGACAUGUUCACAAUAGAUAUCAGCUCAGACGAAGACACAGAGAUGGAGAGCAAUAGAUCUUUAUCUCGAGAUGUCUCUAGAGAAGAGACCACAGUGGGGUCAGCAAAUGGUUCCUUCAACCAGACUGGUGUCUACACCCGUUCAGAUGGCGAGUGGAGUCCCCUCCAAAGUCCUGGAAACUCUCGUCCCACAUCUCCAAAGAGUGACUCUGAACUAAUGACCAAGUCAUCAAACACUGACAACCAGGAUCCAGCCAUGCACUGGGCCUGGGGAGAGCUGCCACAAGCCGCUACGCCGUCCUUUCUCCCUAUGAAAUCUGACUCUCCGCCUGUUUGUCCCGUAUCCAUUCCUGUCUCUGAGAACACACAUUUCCGCGUAAUAACACACGAGACAUCUUCAGAACAGUGUGUCCACUCCUCAGAAAUGUCAGCUUCCACACUGCUGAGGUCAGAGGACACCGUAGUUACACAACAGACAAUCGUCACACUUGGAAUGGAGACAGAAUCCACAAGUAUGGAGUCACUGGCAGUAACUUCAGAGACGCAGGUUACAACAGUGGAGAGUGCAGCUGCUCGUACGGUGGCUGACAUGGAGGAGACAAUGCUGCGUCUAUGUGGCAAGACCGACUCUCCGACCAAGAAGAAAGAGAAAAGGAGCCGCCAUCUGGGUUCUGAUGGUAUUUACCUGGAUGAUAUAACAGAGCUGGAGCCUGAUGUGGCAGCUCUUUACUUCCCUAAGAGUGAUGGAGGAGCAGCCGUGAGGAGCAUGUCAGACCCGGGUCUCCACAGCACAAGUUUGUCCCCACAGUCAGUCAGCUCGGGGGGAGACAGUGGAGUGGACACCUUCUGUGAUCACAUGUCUGAACUGCCGUCCAUCGCCAUCUCUCUGUGUGGUGGACUUACUGAAAACAGAGAAAUCACAAAAGAGCAGUUCCAUGAAAAGAUUGUUUCCUACCAGCAGUUUUCAGAGAAUCCCUCCAUCAUCGACGAUCCCAACUUGGUUGUAAAAAUCGGUUCCAAGUACUAUAACUGGAGUACUGCAGCUCCACUUAUGCUGGCUAUGCAGGCUUUUCAGAAACCUCUGCCAAAGACUACAGUGGAAAACAUCAUGAAGGAGAAGAUGCCCAAGAAAGGCGGGAGGUGGUGGUUCUCCUGGAGAGGCAGGAACAGCAACACCAAAUCGGAUUCUAUGUCUGACUGUGGGGCCUGUGGUUCUGAUGGUCAGGAUGCAACGAGCAGAUAUAAGGAGGAGUCUUCCUCAAGUGAUGAAGACAACAGAGCAGACACCCAGCAUUCCUCCACCAUCCAAUCAGAGGGCGCGCUUGCAUCAGGAGGCGUGUCCUACAAGAAAACACUACGUCUUACAUCAGAGCAGCUGAUGUCUCUGCAGCUGCAGGACGGUCCUAAUGAGGUUGUGUUCAGUGUAACCACUCAGUACCAGGGAACGUGCCGCUGUCAGGGAACCAUCUACCUGUGGAACUGGGAUGACAAGAUCAUUAUCUCUGACAUAGAUGGAACCAUCACCAGGUCAGACACGUUGGGACACAUUCUGCCCACUUUAGGUAAAGAUUGGACCCAUCAGGGUAUUGCACGCCUGUACCACAAAGUCAGCCAAAAUGGAUACAAGUUCAUGUACUGCUCAGCCCGGGCCAUAGGCAUGGCUGACAUGACCAGGGGAUACCUGCACUGGGUUAAUGAGCGAGGCACCAUGUUACCUAUGGGCCCAGUUCUUCUGAGUCCCAGCAGCCUUUUCUCAGCUCUGCACAGGGAGGUAAUUGAGAAGAAACCAGAAAAGUUUAAGGUGGAGUGUCUGACUGAUAUCAAGAACCUCUUCCACCCCAACACAGAGCCUUUCUAUGCAGCAUUUGGAAACAGAUCAACGGACGUUUACUCCUAUAAAGAAGUAGGAGUGCCACUCAACAGGAUUUUUACCGUUAACCCCAAGGGCGAGCUGGUGCAGGAGCAUGCCAAGACCAACAUCUCAUCCUAUGCACGUCUGUGCGAGAUCGUAGAUCACGUGUUUCCUCUGAAGAUGCGAGCCUCCUGCUCAGACUUCCCUUGCUCUGACACUUACAGCCACUUCACCUACUGGAGGGAUCAGCUUCCCCGGGUGGAUCACCAGGAAACUACACGCCCACACAGCCAAGGCUCCAGGAACUGACGACCUGUAGGCCAGCUGUGUUUUUAAAGCAGUAUUUGGAAGUGAUAAAGGUGGAAGAAAAUGUUUUUUAUAGGAUGGAUGGAGCACUUAUGUAGCACACAGUCUUUUGAUGCAAAUAGUCUUAUAAUGCACAAUAUGAAUGUAGGUGCACUUUUGAUCAGAAGAAUGUAUCGUUUGUAUAUAAUCACAAUUUUAUAUAUUUAUAUAUGUGUAUAUAUAUAUUUAUAUACAUGUAUUUGUAUAUAUAUAUACAUACAUAUAUUUAUCAUAUAUAUUUAUAUACAUAUAUUAACAAUAUAUGAUUAUUUAGUCAGCUUAGGACUUUUCUAAUUGUUGACAUCAUUAUUAUAGCUAUUCCUUCAGUCUAUGCAACAGCAUCUGGAGUUAAGCUUUCAUAAAGAACACAAUAUGGUACUGAACCGAUUUGUCAGACACAGUUACUGACCCAAUGCCAAAUGUCGCAUUUAUUUUCUUACUCCGAACCUACUGAACUUACCAAGAGAAUGCAGGCUAGUUUCACUAUAUGCAAACACAUACAUUUGACAAGUCAGUGAAGUCAAUAUUGAUUGAGUGAUUGAUUGAUUGAUUCAAGGACAAUAAGUUCCAUGGCACAGAAUGAAAGACAGCCUGUGUGCAUUUGGUAGAUUAUAUUGUACUUGUUGCUGAGAUGAAAAGUUGUGAACAUAAUGUUUGUGUUUUCUUGUUGACUCAAUUUUAUUCUACUGGCGGCCUUUUAUCUGUAAAUUUAUUUAUCCAAAAACACUGAUUAAUUUGCCUUUAAUUUUACAAAAGAGCAUGAUGAGUGACUGUAUUGGUUUCUUUCUCUGUGCUGUUGUUGCCAUUCCUUUAUGAUUAUGACUGAAACCUGAACCCAAUCCUGACAAUCCUUAUUCAGUGUUCAUAAAAAUACAACUUCUGUAUGUUGCUGAUAUUGACUUGUAAUAAUGCCAUGAAGAGUGUGAGGUCAUUCAUGUGAGCCGCGGCCAUUGCAGCCAGUUGUGAAUAAAACCACCAGAGUGCUAUUGGUGGACACGGUAACAG